AUGGAGGGCAGCGGCGAGGGCGGGCCGGGGGUCCAGCCUGCACCCGCCGACCCGGCGCUCCUCCGGGCGGGCUGCGAGGACGGCUGCCGACUCCCGGCUCGUCGGGUCACGCGCCUCCGCGAGCGGACACGCGCCCAGCUCCCGCCUCCCCGGCAAACAGCAGGCGGCCAGCGUCACGGGGGCGCCGAGUCUGCCCCUUGGUCGGGAGGAGUGGGCUGGGGGCCCGGAGCGCCGGCCCAGGGGUUCCCCUCAGGCCGGGAGGACCCGCCCGGCCUCCACUGCGGCCGGCGCUUCGUGGCCGAAGGCCGGGCUGGGUCCCCGCAAAGGGGGCUGCUUUCAGGUGAUCGGCGGGCAGAGACCUGGGUCGGGAUCAUCAGGGCAAGAUCGGUGCCUGCAGGGAGGGAGGCGGAGGCCUGGCGUUCAGAGAGUCCGGCGCAGGGGCUGCUACGCCAGCUUCUGUUGGACGGUUAUCGCUUUGGGAAGUUCAGGAAAAAACAGGGCCCCUCGGCCGGCUUCUUGCCCCACCCGUUCCAGGGAGAAUGGUUUGUUGUGGGCCUGGCGGGCAGCACCCACAGGAAGACAGACCGUUCCUUGCUGAACCCGUUCACUGCGACCUUCGAGCAGGAUGGAAACCGCCGCCUUAAAGUGUCAUAUGCCAUGACCCGGGGCCACCGCUGUGUCACCUGGUCGUAUGUGCUGGUUCCAGCGGCCCAGCCUGGGGGAUUCACAGUGGACAGCACUGAGGCGCCCGGGAGAGACCCCGAGGAGGUCCAGGUGUACGACACGGACUACAGCACGUUCGCUCUGAUGCUGUCCAGACGGCAGUCGGGCAGUCAGAGCAUCCGCAGGGUCAGCCUGCUGUGCAGAAUGUGGCUGAUUCGGACCCAGGUGCUGGAGCAAUUUGUCAGCCUGGUGAGCGCUCAGGGCCUCUCGGAGAACAACAUCGUCUUCCCAGACCUGACAAGCAACAGGCUCUGGGGCCGCGGCAGGAGCCUGGACCCAGCGUAGGCACCUGCCCGCGGGCCUCGGGCGCCCUGGGGGAGCCCGGCAGGUGCGUGGGGACUGUGCUCGGGGUCUACCUGUGGAGUCCUGGCAGC